AGAUUAUAUAUAAGAAUGGACCAUAUUCCUCGUCUAUCAGAAGUCCUGUAUGUUGGUCUGUGUCGUAAGAUAGGGACACCGACAGAAGUAGCCAUCAGAAGGGACGUGACGGACAUGUAUGAGAUGAUAGAGAAACCUGUUAAUAUUCAGAAAGGAUUUGUUAGGAUUCAGAGUGGUAGUUCUAAAGAGGGGUUUAGGUUGAGGUCAUCCGACAUAGAUAGAAUGUUCUGGCCGUGUGAUCUUAAACUAAUAUCUGAUAUUUCCCAGUCCCGGCUUUUUAAUACUUCAAAACAUAUCAUUGUGGUAAUGGAAGAUUCUGAUACACCGCCAGGAUUUGUCAGACUACGCCUUCUGACACCAGCACGACACAUAGACACGAUAUUUCUUGUUCCCUUUGAUGGUGGAGCUUAUAUAUCUAGUUCUCUUUGGAGAGAAAGAUAUUUUCAGUUCAUGUAUGAGGUACGUCCCCCUUCUGAAAAAAUCAGAAUCCAUGGUCCUUGUACUAGUGGUUUCACUGAAUCUAUAGAAUUCGAUGAAGCUCAUUGUUUAGCCACUAUUCCUUGGCCUAAACAAUUAAGGAAUUGGGUUUACAGAUGUCAGAGGUACACCUGGCCGCCUUUACCUGUGUUAAAAAUUAUUUUAAGAAAUGAAUGUCACUGUGUGCCUAUUGGAAGUAAAGGUGUUUCGACUUCUAACGAAUUGGAAUGGAGAUUAUCAUUUUCUCUAGCUGAACAACAACUAGUGUGUACCAUGAAUCAUACACAAUUUUUAUGUUACGGACUUCUGAAAAUAUUUCUGAAGGAAGUUAUCAAUUACAGGAAGGAACCAUUACUGUGUUCAUAUUACAUGAAGACCACGACGUUCUGGAUUAUGCAAUUAGGACACCGUAGAUGGUGUCCGAACAAUUUACUCGACUGCUUUUGGAGAUGUUUUAAAUAUCUCCUUCAUUGUGUUUAUCGUGGAUUGUUUCACAAUUUUUUUAUUCCUGAAAACAAUAUGUUCCUAAACAAAGUAGUUGGUAAUGCACGUGAAUCUCUUUUACAACAGCUUUAUCAGUAUUACAGAAUGGGUGUGUCCUGUCUACUGCUUAGUCCGACUCUCAGAUCAAUCCUAGAACCUGCCCUCAGUAACCUGUCGUUUGUGUUAUCUCCUUCUGAGGGGGAAUUCAUAGGUAUUGCUGAUUUAGAUUUAUGUGUCUUGAUUGAAUUAUUGACAUUAAGUUUUUCUGCUCAACACAUAUGGGAUUCUUAUCUUCGUUUAAAAUCAAUUAACACACUAUCUCUGUUAAUAUCAAUCUCACCACACCAGUUGUUAACAUUACAGUAUGGUACUGCUCAGACUCUUGUUGAAUUGGCCUUCAUAAUGGCAAACAGUACUUCAUGUUGCACGCAUAAAAAUAUCUAUAACUUAGAUACAAUGAUACGUGGAAUGUUGAAAAUGGCAGCAAGAUUAGGUCCUGUGACUUAUUUACUCUAUCUGUCGAUGUAUUACUAUAGAAUGGGGAGAUAUGAUAAAACACUAUAUAUCACGUAUCUCACUAAACAUAGACUAUCACAAACUUUUAUUAUGUAUAAAUAUACUGAUGGACAAAGGUACAACGAAGCAACUGUAGGUAAUCUGUCUUUGUCUAGAAGAAUGAGAGAAGCCUGGGCAAGUGAUGUGAAUUUAAUUUAUGAUAUACACUGUAUUGGAGAAUUGUGUUUAGAACAAAAUGUGAGUCAACGAAAUGGAAGGUAUCUGUUAAGUUUAUCACCGUUUGUUAUGGUAGAGAUGUUAUCAGUGUUAUCUCACUAUAGACUAAGUAAUAGAUCUCAGUGUUUACAGUCACUGACAGACCUACAGACAAUGCUGCUGUAUGAUAAUGGGAAAUAUGUUCCUUUACUUUUAAGAGACAUCUCCUGGCAGGUACUAGGUAUCUGUCAGCAUGUGGUCGGGGACUUACACGGAGCGUUACAGUCUUAUGAAGAAUCGCUUAGACAGGAACCAUUCAACAAAAUAAAAGAAGCUACAGAUUGUAGAAUAGGAUGUGUUAAUCAACAACUACAGAGAAAUGCACACAUGUAA